AGUAUAUUUUCUUGUCACAUGGUCGUACAUAUGUUAACUUUCAAAUAUGUUCAGAUAACCGUUAAGAUUUAUUUGUGUAUAUAAGAGAAUAAUAUAAAAUAUGAAGAAAUGAUGAAUAAAAUUUCACAUUUUUUAUGUUGUGGAAUUAUUUCAUGAAUCAAGAUUUCAAUAUUUUAAGUUCCAUUACAUAAGUUUGUAAUUCGGUUGAUUAGGUUAUUUUUUCAAAUGGAAGAAGCGGCGAUUAAUUCGCCAAAUUCACGUUUAAACGAUAAUGACCAAAUUAAUGAAACAGACGACGAAAAUUCUCGUAUAAAUUAUAAUGACUCAGGAAAUGAACAUGAAAUUCUAUAUGGAGAGUGUACGCCGCAACAGGUAUCAACAAGCAGACAAAUCAAUAAUUCUAUUUUUAAUACUAUAUCUAAAAUUGUUAAUCCCACAGCAAAGGUACCAGAAAUUCAAGAUUUUAAAAUUGUGAAACCAAUAAGCCGUGGUGCAUUUGGUAAAGUUUUUCUUGGACAUAAAAAGUCAAAUCCUGAGAAAGUAUAUGCUAUUAAAGUAAUGAAAAAAAAUGAAAUGAUAAAUAAGAAUAUGGCUUCACAAGUGAUCAUUGAAAGAAAUGCUUUAGCUUUGACACGUAGUCCAUAUUGUGUACAAUUAUUUUAUUCAUUACAAUCUGCUAGUAGUGUCUAUUUAGUAAUGGAGUACAUGGUUGGUGGAGAUCUUAAAAGCUUGCUUGGUGUAUAUGGUUACAUGGAAGAAUCUAUGGCAGCUUUUUAUACUGCGGAAGUAUGUCUUGCUUUGGAAUAUCUUCAUUCUCAUGGAAUUGUACAUAGGGAUUUAAAACCAGAUAAUAUGCUUUUGUCAAAAGAAGGACAUGUCAAGUUGACAGAUUUUGGGCUUAGUAAUAUAUCUUUACAUAGAGAUCUUGAAAUAUCAGAUUUAGUUAAUUGUACGCCUAGUCUUUGUACUAGAACUCCUGGUCAACUUCUUUCUUUGACAUCACAUUUAUCUUUUGGUUCUGGACAAAGAUCGACAAGUGAAUCUAAUCUUAGUGACAAAAGUACACUUGGUAUUAAUUUACUUCCUGCUUUACAACAAAAUUCAACUAAAUUUCAAUCUUCACCAAAUUCGAUAAUUUCAUCUGCUGCAUCAGGAGAUUAUUCCCGAGUAUCUGGUAUUACCCCUUUUCAAUCUGCAGAAGAUCUUCAUUUAACGGAACGUUUGGAGCAUAUUAUUGUUGAAAAAAAAAAUGAAGAUGAUGAGAGUAGCUCUGGAAGUUAUCACACAUGUGAGGCAUCUUCGGUUCGCGUUAAUAAUCAAUUGAAUCAAAAUUUGGAAGAGGAGGACGAAUCUACAUUAGAAGCAGAUCAAUCUCAACAACCUCUUUCUCAUACUAGUCCAUUAAGUACAUGUACAAAUACGUUUACCAGAGGUGCAAAACGAAAAAGAGCAACGGGAGGAACAACUGGUUUAACGUGUGAAUUAAGUAUAAUGGAUUUGGAUGUUGAUAAAACACCAAAAAGAAAAAAUCGUGGUUGUAUAUUUUCUAGAAGUCCAAUUAAUUCUGUUAUUUCUGAAUCAGUAAAACAAACGAACAAUACUAAUGAUACAGGUAUGGUACAAGAAACUGGAUCUAGUGGAAGAGUUGCAUUUAGUACACCAGUAUCAUUUACGAAACAGAGAUGCUAUAGUGAAGAAGAUGCAGAAACAUGCGAAGAAGAAACAGUACGUUUGAUUAAAACGACAAGAUUUCAACUUCCGCCAGUUCUUACAUCACAUUCAGCCCCUGAGAUACCUAUAGGUGAUAAUUCUGAGAAACAUCGAUCUCCUCAAGUUAUAUCUCCCAUAAAAACACCUGCAACUUCUGGCAAUUGUUACACACCUUACAGAACUCCAAAAUCGGUAAGAAGAGGCGGCCAAGCUAUUAAUCGAUCAGAUGAUCGUAUUCUUGGAACACCUGAUUAUCUUGCACCAGAAUUACUUUUAAAACAAGGUCAUGGACCUGCAGUGGAUUGGUGGGCUUUAGGCGUGUGCCUGUUUGAAUUUUGCACAGGUGUUCCACCAUUUAACGAUGAAACACCACAUGCUGUAUUUUCUAAUAUUCUUGCUAAAGAUAUUCCUUGGCCAGAAGAAGAAGAAGCUCUGUCAACAGUUGCUGUAGAAGCCAUAGAUGCACUUCUCACUUUAGAUCAAUAUGAGCGUCCUUCUGCACAAGAAGUACGAGUCAUGAAACUUUUUCAGGACUUCCCUUGGAACGAGCCAUUAAAAGCGACGCCACCUUUUAUACCACAACCUGACGAUAAUUACGAUACAUGUUAUUUUCAAGCACGAAACAUUAUGCAACAUUUAAACGUGAGCAGCUGUGAAACAUAAAAAUCAUAUUGAUGGAAAAAUAGAUAUCAAUUUACAGUUUAUUUUAUGACUGAAAUAAUAUUAUGCAACAUUUAAAUGCGAGCAACUGUAAUAUAUAAUCUUCAAAAGAAGAUCAUUUCAAUGCAAUAAGAAGAUAUCAACAUAUGGAUUGCUUUAUGACAGGAAUAAUAUAACAUUAAAAUUGUAUAAACUAUUUUUUAUAUAGUUGUAUAUGUAUAGUAUUAUAAAAUAUUUUGUUACAAUUUAAAAUUUUUGUGUCAUCACUUGUUCCUAGAUGAACACAUUGUUUUGCUAUUUAUUUUGCUAAUGAUAAUAGUUCAUAAAACAAAUUGCAUAAGAAUAAAUUAUAGAAAUAAAAAUUUUCAUUUUUAUUUAUAUAUAAAUUUUUAGUCAAUUCUUAAUUUUAUAUUACAUGAUGUCAGCGUAUUACAUGAUAAUGCGAGGAUGACAAUGGUAAAAAACUGACUAAGACUAGUCUGAAUUUUAUUUCACAUUUUUAUAAAUCCAAGGCAGGAAAUGCGUUACUCUAGUAUAAACGCCAGGAUAUUGACCUUUACCACAUCCAAUACCCCAACUGACAAUACCAACUUGUGUCCAACGACCAUCAUUGACCAUUAAAGGACCACCACUAUCACCCUAUAAAAUAGAAGAUACAUUGCAUUCAAAAAUUCAAGCAUUAAUAAUACAAUAAAUCAGUUUUAAUACAAACCGAGCAAGAAUCUUUCGCAGCUCGUCCUGCACACAAGAAACUGUCUACAAUACCGCCAGGUGCUGCGGCACCGUAUUUUAAUUUGCAUUCACUAUUUGUCCAAAUAGGUAUGGAAACUUCUUGAAGUAUUGCUGGUUGUGGUCCACCUUAACAAUUAAAACGUUAUAAUUCUUUUUUUUGUCAAAAGAAUUUAAUUAACACAAUUAGGUAUUAAAUUAAUCUUUUUCUUUUUUAAAUUUCUUACUUUCUCUCAAGGAACCCCAACCAAUGACUGUAGCAAUUUUUCCAGGAUACAACUGCGAACCACUCGGCAGACAGAUGGGUCGUAUUUGUUCCGUGAAUGAAACAGGUUCAUUGAGUGUGAGUAGCGCAAUAUCGUUAUACAGAGUGCGUGCAUUAAAGCCUCUAUGUCUGACUACUCGUUUCACUCGUCGUUCGAUAUGCCGGAUCUCCGUAUUAGUUUUGAUAUUGUAAUCUCCAAGACGGACCGUUAAUCUUGCUACGUCCCAGGAAUUCAUGCUGUAAACAUAGAAAUAAAAUUCAUUUGCUCUAUAGAAAAUUCUCUUUCUUUUUUAUAGAACAUAUAAUAUAUGAUCACAAUCACAUAAUAAUAUAUGAUUACAAGGAAGCAUUUUGUACAAAAAAAAAAUUAUUAAAAAAAAAAUGACUGUAGUUCUAAUUUUUUAUUAACAAAUCUAACGAUUGCAGGAAUAGAAGCCAUAUGAAAAUACCAAGCGUACCAAAUGAUUUUAUCAUUCUAUACGUUUUACGGAGAACUUACUUGGCAACACAAUGAGCUGCAGUGAGAAUGUGUUUAUUGUCGAUGAGUGAACCACCACAGAAUUGUCGGCCACCGUUGAAGAGUGCCGCGAUCCAAGGCCACUCACCAGGGUCAGCAUUCUGACCGCCUACGAUUCUCUCCUGGUCCUGAAUACCGUUCUUUGCACCGCAUUGAGACAUAUCGAUGCUCGAAAUAGUUCCUGAGGGUUUUUCACUGGUCGUUGAUACAGUUGGUACAUUUGGCCACCAGGCAGGUUUCUUCGUUGGCCAGGUCGUCGCAAUAUCAGGUUUUUUUGAUGUGGAAACUGGUUUUAUCGUUGAGAACGUUGGUAAUUCUAGAUACGGUGGAUGAGUGGGUAGCGGUGGUAUGGUAUGAUCAGGUGGAUGCGUUGGGAUCGGUGGCGGCCAGGAACCUGGAUUCUGUGGCCUUGGUUUUGCGGCCAUUUCUUCCUCCCUAUUGUCGUUGCUUUCCUAAAAUAUGAAAUAAAUUUCCGUGAAAUAUCGAUUAUUUCAAUAUAGGAAUAACGGAACAGGAAGAAAUAGAGAGAAUCGUCAAUGAAGAUUUCACGGUAAGGAAUGGAUGGUAGGUGCGGAUUAGACACGGUAGUAAAAGUAAAGUCGUAAAAGUCUGUUUGCGAAACUUCUUUGUUCAAUAGAUACACCCGAAGUACGACUUUCUAUGUUAGAACUUUUUCGAUUCGCAUCACGUAUUAUUUUUACGAGUUCUUGGUAACUAACUAGGAUCUGUAAUUUCAGUUGAGAAAUUCAAUGAGAAAUGUUCGAAGGAAACUUGAAAAAAAUAUUUAAUUCACUGAUAAAAAUAUUUACCUGAUUAUUUUCUGUAGUAGAAUCGUCGCCUGACUGUGGUGUAACGACCGGAAGUAUAUUGGAGCAACAGAUUCCAAAAUUCAUUUGUCCAUUCCCCUUUACAUAGCUGCAGGUGUCGUAAACACCAAGAACCCAGCCAUCUAGAGCGCUCAAAUCGGGAAUUUUGAAAUAUGGAUAACAUUCUUUGAAGCUGGUGCAACGACCAAUCUCUCCUUUUGAUGUCAGGCAAGUAUCGCUGUUGGGAAUUCCAUUCCACAGUAUACCACGACUAUCUCUCGUCUCGGUUUGGAUAUCUGUAUUACUGGCGGCUGAAUGAUAAAAAUGGUACUUUUUAAUUUAAUUAUAUUAAUCGAUGGAUUAAUUAUAUCGGUAGAAAUAUUUUUUUAAAAUAGUAAUUUCACUCGUCUUUUUCCAAGUCGUUCGUGAUCGAUUUAUAAACAUAUCGCUAUAACGAUUCAUCGAUGGAAGAAUCGUUAUAGCGAGAAUAUAACACAUAGAAUCGCGUAUAUGUACAUAAACGAUGUCUGACACAUUGUCUAUUAUUGUAAUGAAUGCAGAUCGUCUUCACUAUGUAGUGUUAUGUAUUUGUAUAUUCGCAAGAAACUCAUGUGAUUGAACUCGAGAAGCUUUUUAUUUUUUACUACGUCUCAUUAAUCUUCGUAUAAAACAUAUUAGAUGACAGAGAAUAAUCCAAUUUAUUUGCGGUAAGAUGAAGCCAAAUUCGUUAUAUCAUCGAAUGUUUUUAAACUGAUCGACCGAGACCGAGACAUCACAAUAGAAUUCCAUCCAGAUUCUUGACAGUGGGUUCGCUGACCCACAGGUUACAUAUAGGUGCACACAUACAAGACUGGUACGCACGCCUGGAAGACUUCCGUUCGCUGUGUAUGGAACACACGCAUGAUCGAUCACAUGUGAUUCUCGUGUAUGAUUCUCUUCGAUUAUUCGCAUGUUAUCAUCGCGAUGAGCGAUGAAAUCAGUGCCAUCAAGUGUCAUAAUCUCAUGUAACGAACUCGAACGAAUUCUUCAUCUCCAGUUGUUCAGGUGAUUAAUACUCAGUCAUCAAUAAGACGUAUAAUAGUAUAGCGAGAGGCUAAUCGAUGUUAUUCAUCUACUCUAUUCCUUAUAAGCAUCUAAUUAUACCCUAAAAUAGUCAUUAUAUUUCAAUUGGAGUUCCAUUGUACAUCGAUCAACCUUGGAAAAAAAGACGAAUCUAUCAGUUAUAGAAAAUUAACGAAGUCAAAUAGUUAUUUUUCUAAAAUUCCUAUUUAUCUAUUUCAUUUUAUUUAAUUAUUAAUGAAUUACAAUGAAUUGAACUGGAUUCAAGAAAUCGCCCACUUACCAUCAAUGAUUACCGCGUUGUCAUCAUCCUCUCCCCGAUGGACCUCUUCUAAUGAUGACUGGAAGUCGAUCGAUUUACUUUUUGGAUCAGCGUAAAUAGUACCAGUGAUCGUCAAAAUCGUGAUGACAGUCUGUAGAAUGAAUAGUAAUAGUUUCGUUUUUGACGACGCUCGGUGGAAUCGGUUCAUUUCCACAGAGAAACAGAAACCACUAUCGAGAGAAAAAACGCGCAACGAGGAGAGGAUCACGGAUGUUUGGGAUCCUAUGUUACCGGUAGGGAUCGUGGAACCGGCACUAAGCUUGCUAAGCUGCUGAAUAGCCAGUGCUCGUGCUUAUAACGGGCUCGUCCUCCCCUCUCGGUGCUGUUCUUUGCCCCCGGUAGGUUCGAUACACAACUUACGGGAUAUCAUCGAGUUCUUUUCUCAUCUUCUUUUAGAGGACGUGCAAAUAUCUUAAAGCAUCUGCGUGGUAGUCCCAUUGCAAGAAAAAGGGGAGGCGGAUCCCUAUGUAUACAGAAUCAAAACUGAUGGUAUGCUAAUUUUCGGCAGAUUGAAAGAUCCGAUUGACUCUUGAUUUAUUCCGGUUUAGUCACGCGAUGUUCAUCUCGUGUUAGAUGUUUGACUGCUAUUUCAGAUGUUUAUUUUAUUUUUUUCGUUUCCUUUCUCACGAUAUUGUGAAUUAUAUAAAUCAUUUUACUGGCACUUCCUUUUUUUUUUAAAAUUAAAUUUUACUUUAUCUCAUAUUUUCUAUAUUUCUAAUAUUAUGUUUUUUCUCGCAAAAUUAUAUUUUAGAUCUUUUCUUAUUAUUUUAUUAUUUAUUUCGUAUCGUUAUUGUUUAUAAUAUUAUACAAAAUUAAUAUUAUUUCAAUUUAUUAUGAUUUUUAUGUAAAAAUUUAAAUACCUAUUUGCAAUUAAUCAAACACAAUGUAUAAAGAAUAUUUUUCAUAUUAUAUAUCGAAUCGAUCACAUUGGUUAUUCAACCAACAUUGAUUCGACUUCGAAAUACCUGUCAGUCAUUCAUGAUGAGCUCAUUUUAUAAGACGUCACAUCAAAUAUCUAUUUUUUUCUUUUCGUAUCAAUGAAUCUGUCGAUAGUUCGAUUUAUUAACACGAUUUAAUGACCAUAUCUAAUUUCGUUAGUCGGUUAACCGUUAUAAAUUAAGGAUAUAUAAUCGAAUUUGACGAUUCAUUCGGAAUCACGAAGAGACAGUUUCAAUAGAAAUUCGCUGAUUAUGUAAGUUGUGUGACAGAACCGGCUCAACCUUGAUUUAUGUCGUCGCCGAUCUUGACGCCAAUCGUGACUGUCGAGUUCAUAGGCAUUUGCAUAGAGAGUAAGAUCCUCGUGCUGGCCUUGGAGAGGCCGGGGAGAAGACUGCACGUAAGGGACGGCCGUGAACUUGCCAAUCUGUGCACCAUCGCGAAUGCCAACGUAGCGUGCAUUUCCCUCUGACCACAAUGAAUGGAAUUUCUUUAAACCUGUUGUAUAUCGCGUGCUUCGUAUCGAUCUGAUAAUUUUCUAUCCAUUUUUUGUUUUUUUUUUAAUCCCAUUUGCUCUUAAGUACAAAUUUGUCUUUGUCGAAAUUUACUAAUUUUGAAAUUUUAUAACGAAAUAUUUUCAAAAUUAUUUAUAGAAAAAUUUCACUCAAUGAAAUCAUUUUGAACAUCUGCUAUUUUACAUUCAUAAAAUUUGCAUAUUUCAGAGAUAAUCAAGAUUGAUUCAGAGUAUUGAAGAGUGUAUGUGAAGUUAAAGAAAACAAGUUUACACCAAAGAUAAAGUAAUUUACGGUUUCAUGAUAAGGUUUUCCUCAAUUGUGAGAAGUUAAUAUCAUGUGAUAUCAAGUCAUAUAUUUUCUAUUGCAUACUUAAAUUUCAAUUGCAAUGAUGCGAAUUCAAAAUUUUAUUUUACUAAGCGUGCAAAAAAUAUUAUAAAUGAUAAUUCAAUAUCCGUGACAAAUUAUAUAAUAAAAUGAUUAAUGAUUGGACGAUUUAUAUUUAUUUUAAUAAUGAGAAACUUUGUUUUAGUUCGUCGAGGGAUAUAUUAUUAUUUCUUAUUUUAUUAAUUACGUCCAAGUCUUGCGUGAAUAGUUUUUUUCACGAAAAUGUGCAGUAUCAGGGUGGCAAUUCAGUUAAAAAGAAUGAUAGAAAACAGACCUUGAGAUGGACGUAAAUUUCACAUUCUGUAGUUCAUUGAACUGCCCUUCAAAUGGACAAGGGGAUAAAACAAGAUUGAUUUAUAUCAAGUGUCGGUAUUAGGAUACAACUAUAUCAAGAUUUCCAUCUGAUAUUCUGUAAAAGAAGGCCAACGUUCUCUUUUGAUGAUCUCGUUCGAUCCAUCAAUUGAUAUCUGUAAAUUCUAUUCGACUCUUAUGAUGCAUAAAAUUUGGUUCAAGAUCUUAUACUGAGGCUACCAUUGGAUGUUUUUUCCCUUUGAAUAUGAAAACCGGUUGCGUGAGAGCUGCUUUUUAUUGUGUAGCUAUAAUGUAUUAAGACAUGCCAUUAAGUCAUUCUUUUUCUGAUUUCUGAAUCUUAGAAGAAUCAAGAAAGGUGGCGUGAUAAGAAUAUUUUCAAACAAAUCGUAUAAAUAAUAUUCUAAGCAUGGAAUUAAUGGAAGAAAUUCGAACGUCUUUUGAUAAUGAUUUUUAUUAACGAUUUAUGGAAAUUUUAGCGAUGAUUAGAUAUUAUUAUAAUAUUGAAAAAAAAGGAAAUAUUAUCUUAUUUAAAGCAACGUAUGUAUUAUACAUCGAUUGAAGAAUCAAUAAUUGACAUCAGGGCCAGUGUCCCGCUACAAGGCCGUAUAUUCCCUCAUGGUCGCCACAGUGUCUACAUAUACUACGGUGAUGGAUAUGGCAUAUAUUAGAGUUCCAGUAGAAGGUAGCAAAUUUAUGAAUCGUAUACAAACUUAUGUAAAUUUUACAAAAUAUAUGGGAUACUUGUUAUUAUUUAAAGUGACAGUAUUAGAGAAUGUGAGAAUUUUAUCAGAUAAAAAAAAUAUCUUGAUCGACGUUUAUAAGUAAGUUUUUUUUUUCAAGAUAGUUUAAAAAUUUAUUGUAUGAUACGUAAACAAAGUUCCAUUUUUGUAAAUGGAUGAUAUAAAAAUAACUAUAAAUUAAAAUUCUAGCGUCAAGAAAACGUUCAAAUGAUUUAGAAAGUUUACUUAUCAUUAUUAUAAUAAUGAUUUCGAAAUGAUCUUCAAAUGAUCUUAAGAGUAACUUAAGAUAGGUCAGGUAAGAUAAUAUAUAUAUAUAUAUAUAAUAGAGGUUAAAUAAACCUCGAUUAUGAACAAUUUUAUAAAUUUUUGAAUGAAAGGAACAAUAAAAACUCGCAAUUUAUAAAACGUACUAAUAUAAUAUUUAUUGUUUGCAAUAAACAGCGUAAUAUAAUAUCACCUCUGGCACAAUCUCACGAUGGCAAGACAACGCGAAAACGGUAUUAUAUUUCGAUAUUCUCGCAUCAUUUUUAUCUGAUUCCGCAACUUGUCCGGCUUCAAGAUCCUCUAACAAAACAGUACAGUACGCGCGCAUCAGCCCGAAAUCGGCCGGUUUCAACAUUCCUCCUCUUACACGGGUACAUUUCUAACAAAAUAAAGGCGAAGCCUGUGGAUUCGUUUCGCAUCGCCGCUUUAAGUACGAUAUCCAGACGGCUGGGAAACGAUCACGAGAAGACCACAUACUCGCUUCAUGUUGCUAUGCGAUAUAUUUCUAAUAACGCGUUAACAUGAGAAAAAAAAAAAGAAAAUACAAAAAAUGAUUGAUUUCAACGAUUGAUCAAUCUUCUACUCUACUCUAAUGUUUAUUCACCGGUCUCUUCUAAUCGCGAUUGAGGUCUCCUCGUGACUGUAACGCGGCUGCCUUUCAUAAUAUAUCAUUAAUUAAUAAUAUUAAUAAACGUAAAGGAUUAUAAGGGAUGAUACGAUAGCAAAUAAAAAUCGUUCAUCGGCAAAAUCGUUCUCUAAUGCACACACGAUGAAUCUCUUGCGAGAUCUACAUCUGUAAAUAACGAAGAAAAUAUAGUUAGGCGAUCGAAAUGUUCAGGGUGGAUAGAUUAUUAUGAUGUAAGAUUGUUUGAUGAAGUUGGAAGUUGGGCUAGGGGAAAAUAUCGAUUACGAAUAAAAAAAAAAAAAUGUCAUGGAGUAACACUAACAAAUUUUCGUACGAUCGUUGGACACGACUCUCUUUUUUUUCUCCAAGCAUACUGAUUAUUUCUUCCAUUCAUUCUUAUACUAUCGCUCUGCCUUUUUCUCUCCUUCCUCCCUUUUUACCUCUGCUACGAUUUUUUUAUUCUCAUUCUCGCACCAUGAAUACACGCAUUCCUUGUAUAAAAAAUAAUAAUUAUUAUAAUAAUAUACGUAUUACGUAGCUCUAGUCAAUAGAAUCAAAUAAUAUUAAUAAUAUCAAACUAUAUGCUGUCUUGCAGAUAGAUGUAACAAAAUAUAGUACUCAUAUAAUAAUAUGCAUUUUACAAGCGUAUUUUGAUCCUUGCUUUGAUAUUGGUGUUGUGAUACAUGUAUAGGAUGUGUAUAUGUUUAUUUAAUUAUUCAUUCCUUUUUUUUUUUUUUUUUUUUUUUGCCUUUUCACAUAAGAACAAAAAUGAAGACAACAGUGAUGUGUCAUGAUCGCGAUGCAUUCUAGUCCAACCUAAAUGCGAACUAAUUACUAAUUUUUAAUUUUUAAGAUGAGUGUAUGCGCGUAAAUGUGUGUACGUGUAAUAUGUAUACGUGUGCACGACAUGUAAUUUUUCCAAUAAAAAUCACGCGACGUGUGUGAUGAUGAAAUGAUUCGUUUUUACCAGUGGCACGUUAAUGUUGUCUCACCUUAAAAAGAAAAAAAAAAUGAUAAUAUAAUCAAAGGCUAUUGACAAUUUUUAAUAUCUUGCCGCUCUCGUUUCAGAUUCUUCACGACGUUGCAGAGAAUCAUUGGUUAUGAUCAUUGUAUAUUCUGUUUCUGCCAUAAUCAAGAUAAACUUGGGUUUCACGGGGCUUACAUGUUAAAAUAAAAACCCUUCGAGAACGAUUUAUAAUUUUUGGAAUUAUGGAAACUCGUAGACGGAUAUAUAUUUUUUAAAGAUCAUUUUGAUAAAAUAUAUUCUUUAAAAUUUUCAUUUCAUUUAUGUAUUUUUUUCAGGGAAUUUCAUACUGGAAAUAUCUGUUCUCAAAGAGUUGUCUAACGUUCAAGGAAAUAAUGUUCUUAGAGAUAUAACGUAUUUGUCUAUCUUAAAUAUUGCAAUAUUUGUUGCAAUAAUGUCCACUGGGGCGGAUGAACGUAUAUUUUCCCUUUUAUUUCAAUCUCAACGAAAAAAAAGAUUACGUAUUUCAAUUGAGUAAUACUUGUUCUUUGUAUAAUAUCAAACGAUGCUGGGAUACUCAAGAGGAUUCUGAAAUGAUUGCAAAGUAUUUAAGGGAUAUUAAAUCGAUUCAGUAGAUUUUUGAUUAAUAUAAAUAAUAAUAAUAAUAAUAAUGAUAUAAAAAUCAACAGUUGAUGCAAAAAAAGAAGAAAGAGAUGUUUAAACGUUCCUUCGAUUAAUCUGGAAUAUUGGAAAUGGGAGGAAAUAAGAAUCUUCGAAUGUUCAAACGUGGUGUGAAACUAUUGACUCCGCUCGAGAAUCUUAAUCAAGAACUUACAUAUAGCUGAACGUGUAUGUAUGAGCGCAACAUUAUAAAGAGAUAAAAUGCUCGAUGGCACCCGUCUAUCUUGGAAUGGCGACGUUCAAAGUUAUACUUCUAUCUCUACGUACAAGUCUUGGUAUAAAAUAAGCUUGCUUCGUGCACGUCGAUUGGUCGAAAUACCGACCAUCGGUUCUUCUAAACGUAUAAACAAGUAUUUAAACUCUAAAACCGACGAUACAAUAAAAUAGAGUGGCAUUUUUUUUUUAUCAUAUACAUCUAUACGUCAUACGUACGUAAUAUAUAUAUAUAACAUAUAUAUAUAUAUAUAUAAAUCUAUAACUUAAUAAUUAACGGGGAUAGGGGCGGGAAAUUUCUUAAAUCAAUUUUGAUUGAUUUACAUGUAGCCAUCGUGUUUCAAUUACGAUGCUCAACGGUACUCUAUAAGCUAACAACCAUCGAUAUAAAUUGUUCACAAAUGAAAACAAACAAAAAAAAAAUUAUAAUAUAAAAAACGAGUCGCCUUGCAUGGUUAGAAAUAUAUUUCUUCGCGAUUUUAUGCUUCGUAUUAAAAAAUCGUUUACGCGUAUACAGAUUGUUCAAUCGUUACAUUUCGUGCAUACGAGGUAUGUUUUUUUUCUUUCCUUUUUGAAUUAUAAAUUCUUCGAUCAAGAGCGUUGAUGUUAAUAAUGACGUUAGUAAGUAUUUUGCAAACAUACGAAAGAGGGGGAAAAAUAUCGAUAAAUAAAAUUUUGUAUAUAUCGAAAUCAAUUCAUAUUCGAAUCGAUCAAACAUCACCCUGUAUCCACGAAAUUCUCUACAUCGUUGAAACUAUCUGUAUAUCGAUCUAACAGACACGAUCAUUCAAAACGUUACACAAGACGAUCACUAUCAACUAACGAUUGUUUUUCUUUCCCUUCUUUUGACUUCUUGUAUUGUACGAUAUGAAGAACAGUUCUGAAUUUCCUUCUCAUUGUGUUUCGUUUAAGUUCGACUUACGACUGUCCAAAUCCAAUCUCGUGGAUAACUCAUUGGACAUUUUUCUCUCCUAAGUUCUCUUCUUUUCUUCCUUCGUAAAUUUGUUCCUUAAAGAUAAACACUGGUGGGGUAAAGUGGCAAUUAAUUAUUCAUCAUUCACCGGAAUCUUCUCUUCCUCUUCUCCGUCUUCCGCUUUUCUUCUUCUCCUUCUUCCACUUCGCACUCGACGCGAUUUCUUCAAAAAGCAGGUCCCUGAAGAGCUUUUUCUGGUCGAAAUAACGUCCAAUAAUUCAUAUUAUCAUUGCACCGUGUCGACGAUUUCUCGCUUCGACCAUCGACGGCUGCCUUUGUCCCUCUCUCAGACUUAUUUACACAAAACGACGAAAGCCACGUACGAUGUAAUUACAUCCGUCUUUCUUCUUCUUCUUCUUCUUCGUGCUUUCGAAAGGUUCACGUGUUGCCGCUCUCGUGAACGUGCGCGUGCCCAUGCGCGGAAUUGAGGGGCGAGUGAGCUAUGUGCGCCGACGCUGAGGGUAGUUCGAUCAGGGUGACGUCGUAUCCCGCGGUGGCAGGUGGAUCACUCGGAUCACCGGGAUCACCAGGUGAUCCAGGAUUGGCCGGAUUGCGCUCGUUGCUCGGAUCUGGAUUCGGCACUCGGGAAUGGGUUACCUCCAGCAGGAACAGGUCCUCGUCCACGUAAUAUCGGAUCAUAUCGUCGUCAAUUUUCGCUGUAAUUCUGCAACACGAGGAGGAAACGAUGAUUAAAGACGGAGGUUGAAACUCUGGUUAAAAAAAAUCGAAUUAUAUUCGACGAACGAACAGAGAGAAAAGAGAAGUCGAAAGGCUCGAUAUAGAUCGAAUAAUAUAAUAAUAUAAUAAUAGCGAAACGUUUUGAACAUUGAUCGUACAAUGACAGAUCAUACGUAUGGGUUCCUUUGUGUUUCGUAUAAAGGGGCAGGAAAGAAGAGUGAAAAACGAAGAAAUAUCUAUCGCAUUCUGCCUACAAGCUUUCGAUGUUACGAUUGAUACAUUUUAAGCAGAGUACGAUUACAGAGAAUCUCUUUGGUCGCGUUCAUGGUACGACAGACCUUGAUGUUCAAUCGUAUUAACAAAAAGAAUUAAUAUCGAUUCUAACGCGAUAUGACUCCAAAAAUCUGUCGAUCGCAUCAACGCAAUGGUUCCAAAGUCAUGGAAGAACAAAAUUGGAUUCUAUCCUGCGCGAAAAAGAAAGAACAAAUAAUCUUCCCAUUCCCAAAUGAAGAGUAAAGAGAAACGAGAGUCAAAUGAAUAUGCGUGAUGGGUUUGAGAGAUAUACAGGCAUGCGUUGGUCCACAGUCUAGGUAAGAGGUAUCGUGUAAGAAAGCGAGCAAACAAAUAUGCGUGAGCAGUUGUGACAGAAGAAAAAUAAAGGACACGGGGGGGAGAUUAGUCGAGUGUAAAGUCGAGGAAGACGCAUGGGAGCUCUGGAUGUUGUUUGACAAGGAUUCUGCAGGGUGAACGAGUGAUACAAUGAACGAUAAAAAAAAAAAGAAAAAAAUAAUGACGACGAGAGAGAUCAGCAGUACGAAAAAGAAGCGAUUAGAGGAAGAGACAGAGAGAGAGAAAGAGAGAGACAUAUGUAUGUGUGGACAAAGACAUAGAAAAUAACUAUCGAUUGGUAUGUAGUCGAGGUGCGCAAGGUGGUGUGAGGUUUUGGAAGUAAGGAUAGACUAGCAAACCAGGCAACGGAGAGAGUCAGGCAAUGUCACCGUUAUGGCAUGCACUACUGUGUGGGCGGUGCAUGCAAGUAAAGAUGACACUCUACUAAACUUACCCCUUUGUGUUUUUGCGAUAGAGGUUAUUAAUACUCGAGGAUGCAAUUUUGUACUUUGACUCAAUCUGUAAAAUAGAAAAAAGUAGAACAUUAGAAUUUUGACAGUGCUUGCGGACCAUCGGUCUGGGUACUCGAUAACCGAAGAGCUUUCUUUUCUUUUUUCUUUCAAUCAUUUCUUUUCUAUCUUUCGUGACGCGGCGCUUAUUGAAAAGACAGAUAUCGAGAGUAGGAUGAGAUUAUCAUUGAUGGAUAAAAAAAAAAGAAAGAAAAUGAAGGAGAGAAAAAAAGAAACGAUAUAUAUAUAUAUAUAAAAAGAGAGGAAAAAAGAUCUCUCGUUGUCCGUGGAUAGAAAAAUCAAUUGAACGAAAUCAAUUUCGAUGGUUAGCACGAUCGAUCUGCAUGGAGAAAUGGAAAUCGUUUCUGCGGAAGCGAUAAAUUCAUAAAUUUCGGAGAGAAAGGAGGACGCGGUAACAGAGAGACAGAGAGAGAGAGAGAGAGAGAGAAAGAGAGAGGAGAGAGACGGUUUUCUUUUCCACUUUUUUCUUCUGCCACAUCUGAUCGUUAUUAAAACAAUACGACCUUUCAUACGUGUCCAAUAAUGUCCAAUAAAAAGUUAAAAAGUAAGAAAAAAAAAAAAGUAAAAUAUCGGCACCUCUAACGUUGAAACCAUCGAUCGUUUCUCGCGAUCACAGGGGUUAAUGAUCCGUGCGCGUGUAAUGAUUCAUCGCGCUCCGAUCCAUAUUAAUUAUUGUGAGGAUUUUGGAGGAGUGAUGCAUGCGCGUUAAUAUUAAUAUCAGCGUAAUGAAACGGUGCAAUAGGAUAUUAAUAAAAUGGUGUAGUAUGCCUUCACAUGCAUAGCUAAUAUUUAUAUCUAUAUAGAUACAUAUGUGUAUGCGUGUAUACGUGUGUAUUCCCGUGUUAUUCUCGCGCAUCACUCAUUAUUCAUACCAUGGAUAUGUCGAAUCGAGUACGAUCUCGUGAAAAUGUAAUAAAUUGGCCGUGUCAAGAUAUCGCCAGGUUUGCGACGGAACCGUUCCGUAUGUCACUUUCUAGUCGUGGAUUUGUUACCGUGCUGCUUUCGAAAUAUUCUAUCAUAGUUGUCAGUAGAGAUAGAGAUAGACCUUGAAUCAAACUGAUAUCGCCGCUCUCGAACGCACCUGGGUUUUAACGCGGCUAACAACUUAUGCAACAACGUUCCAACGUUCGUGUCAUUUCUGCGAGAUUCGCGUAAUUUCACCAUUUUCCUGCCCUUUAGAAACCACAAGUGUCGAAGCUUCGACGUCGAUCCACGCGAUUACGGCUUGCAACUUUUUUGAUCGUAUCUACCGCGAUUAUUAUUAUAUAAAUUUCUACUCCUUCUGCUCGUUUCACUCGCGUGUUCGGCGAUAAGUAUUAAAAAUCGUGGCGAAACAAGUCGCGAGCCGACAAUAAAACGAAAUAAAAUACGAUCCCGAUUUCGAGAUUUCAUUUUCAAGGAAAACUUUUCUCCCUCCGAAGAGAGAAAUCUUGGUGGAAACAACUUUCAUCCGACAUUCCCCGACGUAUCUCUGCAACGAGAGAAUCAUCUAUUCGCUACGACUUUUGAUAAAUUCUAAACGGCACGAUUAAUCAAACACAAUCCUCGGUUAUUAAUUUCAACAUUUUUUUCAACAACAACCGCGACAACGAGUGAUCUGCGCGUGUAUUUAUCUAAUUGUGAGUGUCGGUUGAGUGUAAUGUUCGAUAAUAAAAAAUCCUUGGCGUUUCUUACAGCGUUCAACAAUCCUUGAACGGUCGGCGGCGUAACGUGCAGCGGUGUGUACACGUCCUCGGACUCCUGGCGAACGUACAGCAUCACUCGUUCCUCUGCGUCGGUUGGGCGUAGAUGAGGCGGUUGCUGUUGCAGAUGCAGCCGGUUUCCGACCCCGGACACCACCGUUCCGGCGAGGCCUUGCUGCACCCCCUGCAGCACCGAGCCUUGCAGCUCCUGCACCUGCAUCAGCAAGGAGUCCUUCUUGUCGUGUAGGCUAGUCAGAUUGUCGGGCGGAAAAUGGUUGUGGAACUUGAGGGCUGGCAAGCUGGGUCUCCCGCAGGCAGGAUAAGGGCUGCUGCCCCCCGCCUUCAAUCCUCCGCCCUCGCCAUUACUCAGGGACGAUGUGUCUGUAUCGCCACCGCCCCCGCCGCCACCUCCGUAGAAGCCCGACAACUCCAUCGUCGAAAACUGUCGUGGAACAAGAAAUAUACAUUUUUCUGUCUCUUUUAAACGAACGAGCUACACGAGUUACAAGCUUUUUAUCGCAUAUUACGUAUAUCGUAUCCAAUAUUUCUGAAGAAAUUCGGAUUUUCUAGUUAUAGAUAUUGAGGAUAUACGAAUGCUGAAUAAUUGGCUUUUUCAAUAGAUACUGCUCGUUCCCGGAAGUUGUUACGGUUUUUGUUAUGGCGAUGUAAGAGUUGCGGUUAGUGGAGAAUUUUGGCGAUGUUGAGAGCAGAGGAUACUACGCAAAUAUUUGGGAGUUAACAGCUAUUUGGAGAAAAUGGAACGGUGUUUCGAAGCUAGAUACAAUAUUCUCUCUAUCUUCUCUUUGUGUUUCAAGAAGAGCAUCGUCAUGCUUGUGUCCAUAUAAAGUCAAAAAAAUGAAAUAAAAUAAAACGUGUAGUUGUAAACACUUUUUUAAACUUUCAUCCAAUCAGAAUCUUGAGAAGUACCUUGUCUAUAGUGUGUUCCGCUGGUGGAGAGAAGAGGACCGGAGGUUUAUGAAGAUCGACCAUGGAGUAAAAUUCGCUGCGUUCCGUGACGGAAUGAUAGAGCUCGUCGAGCUUUUUCCUACCGGUCGCCGUCAUCUUUCUCUUCGCUGCUCUCCUCUCCUCGUCACGAGUCUUCCUUUCAGCUCCCUGUGCAUAAAAUAACACCAAGAUGAUUCAUGAGAUUGGCUAGUUGGGUGAUUUAAUGGUGGCAGAACUUGGUGAUUCUACACGCUUUACUUACCAGCAUCGAGAAUACGUUGCUUGACAGAAUGUUGCCUUCCGUGCCAGAACUGCCACGCCUUAAUCUCGUCUUCUGGGCUCUUCUCUUCUCGGAACAUCAACAUUACUACGCUCUGUGCGACAAAACAUCAAGAAACACCAACGGCUUAAGUAACUUUUUCGUUACUAACUCUUGCAAUUCCUGUUUUAUCGUUAAAUUUAAGGAUGCGCACAUCUUUUUUACAACUAUUAUCACCAACUUUUUUUUUCUUUCCGUUAAAUUUAACGUAUAAUUGUAACUAUUAUUAUCUUAUUUUGCAAUUUCUUUUGAUAAACUGAUACGCGAAACUACUCAUCUAUUUACAAUUAGCUUUUGUAGAUCUAAAUAGGCAUAGAACUGUAAUAAUAAUCAACUCGCAUUAAGAAGCUGAUGGUUAUGAAUAUUUGAUAACAUAUGGAAUCGCUGAAUGAGCACAAAAGUGACUAUAAUUUGAGGCUUCGAACACAAAUAUGUAUUUAUUCGACUUAACGAUAAACAACAAUCUUUCUUAUCCUUGAACUUAUUUUUAAUUCUUACAAAUUACAAUUAGAUAUAGAAUAUUAAAAAGGAUACAUAAUAAAAAAUUAACUGUGCCUAGAGAAAUACCUAGUGAAAAAGUCGAUUACCGCGGUUGAAUCGGGAGGUUAAAUCUUUCUUGAUGUAUCGUGUCGCUAUGCAGAAGUUGAGUUCGAACGUACGCACAAUUACAUGGAUCAUAAAUUACACGGUAGCGUAUAAUUAUGUAACGUAGAUUAUAGAUAGAUUAUAGAUUCCAACAUCGACAGGCUACAAUGAAUGGUCUAUCCACGGUGCCUAUCCACGGAAUUUUUCAAAUUUUACGCAUAAUGACGAGCGCGACGCGAUUCCCAGUAAGUAUCAUUUAUCCACAAUGAUCCUUGGAGGGACGAAACAAUGCUCAGUCGGUAACGGAACACCGUCGCGAAAUCUGCUGACACAUCGGUCGCACGAAACGCGAAAUUCGCGUGAGCGUGACAUAGGACACGCUCGAGCGAGCAGCCGUGCACAUACACAUGCAUAUAAAUCACGCUGCACCAUAUAAUCCAGUAGCAUAAAUUGCACCAUUCGACACUACUAAUUCCCAAUAAACGGUCGUGUAUCCUUAGAUAACCGCGUUUUCAACAUUUUUUCAUUGGCAAUAUGUCUAGUUGGGUGAUCGUGAUUCAUUGGUAAAAAUACCUGAAAACGGGUGAAGUGUAAUUACAUUGAUUAAUUGAGAAAGACAACUUCCCUGCCAUUUUUGUAUUACUUUCUUUCGCGCCUCGAUAUCGAACGAUUAAUCGAACGAUUAAUCGAACGAUUCUAACCAUUCGAUUAAUAUGGCGGUUUCGAUAGUUUAUACCAAGUCGCGUUACAUCGCGUUGCGUUGCAUCGCGUCGCAUCAUAUAAUUACGGAAUAUAAAGUUUUUCUAUACAAAAUUGUGAACAAAAAGUUUUAUAGUUCUUAAGGGUGUAUAAAAACCAAGAUAGAAAAUAUUCAAGAAUUUCACCGCAGUCAAUUUAUCAAGAAAAUGUUGUUAAUAGUUUUCUUACGGGUGAGGCUAGGACAAUAAAUCUUCAUGAUUGCAAUCAUUUUCGUUCAAGGGGUAAAAUUAUCAUUUUAAAUUUUAACAAGCUUGAAAAUUUUUAAAUAUUCGAAUAUUCAAACGAUGUAUAAUAGUUAAUACGAUAUAUGAUAAUACGAUUUGAUAGAAAGAGAAAAAUUGUUAUUGGAAUAUUAUCAAAUUUAUAAUAGACUAUGUAUAUAAUACACAGCAUGCGUGACCAAUGAGAAUAGAGACUUCUAUCGCAUAUUUAUUCAGUUCCUUAUUGUCCCGCCGUUUAAACCAUGAGAUCAGAUAACUUUAACCUUCGCGAACCAGUUACAACACGUGUCCUCGGGCCAUUUUCGCGGGUUAAUGUUUCUACCAUGAGUUACAUAUAGAUUGUCGACAAAUAAUUUAGAAUCAGGCAAUCAUUUAAUAAUGUAUCGGUGGUGUGGCAGUGCCAAUGAAAAAUCAGCAUUGCUCAGCCGCCAAUGAUAAGGCUUCACGUGAGCGUGACAUCGGUUGCCGCGACAGAAGCACGCUCCACUGCGCAGAUUGGUGCGCACCCGUGUUCGCUAGCGACGCCAAGAAGAAUUUUUCGUGAUUCGGGUGAAUGAACGAAGAAUUGUGUGCUGCACAAGGAAAUACAGUUUUAUCGAUAAACCAAAGUUAACGUGAAAGAAGACGGAGAAAGUGUUUGGUGCAGAGAGAAUCAGUUCGUGAAAGCAACAAGAGAAAUGUAUACGUUACAAAUAUCGACAGGCACAACGAGUAAUACGUAAGAUGAAUAUACGCAGAAGAAUGGAAGUCGAAGCUAUAAGAAAACGAGGAUUUGAACGAGAUGGGGAAAGUAGAGGACAGUUAUGAGUAAAUACUACAGAGAUACAAGAAAGAAAAACAACAAUACCAGAGCAAAUGGGAGCGAACGAAGGAGGAGAACGACACCAGUAAAAAAGGUUAAGUUGUUCUACGUUCUUUCUUUCUACAUUUUUUGCGACUACGAGCGACGAAAAGGAGAGUCAACCGAGGAAUUUUGUUUGAGCAAUGAAAGGUCCCAAUAACAUUUGGCGCUACGAUUGAUCAUGCAAAAAGAGAAAAGAAGAAAUGGAAAGGUUACUCGAAAACAUCUCUCGCGAAGACCAAUAAGGUGUUGAAUAAUAAGAGUGUAUGGAUAUUAAAAUUAUAGAGAUAAAGUAUUAGAAGGUGCGAAGUGUGUUUUUGAAAUCGAAAGUCACGUUCAUAUAUAAUUCUACGUUGUAAAUAGAUAAGAGCGUGGUCUCUUAGCGACGCCCUCGGGCGAUAGUGUGUUUAUAUUGAAAGGAGAAAUUCCGGCAGUUGCGGCGUGGUAACGAUACGAGUCGUACGGCGAUAUCGGCGCGCGGUAAAUAUAUCCAUGUUAUACUUAUUUAUUAUUUAUAAGCUCAUUAAUAAUCACGUUAACAAUUAAUUCUUAAAUAUUGGUUAAUUUAAAAAAUACUGCUAUGCGCAUGUAUUAUUUAUUACAAUUCUAUUAACCUCGAUAUUUCUUUAAUGAAGAAUUUAAACCGAUAUUUUAUCUUUUAACGUGAUUCUUGAAUCGAGUUGAAGUCGUUAUUUCGAACGAUAAGAGAUCUUAAUAAAGAAUCGUCGUUUUACUUUGUGGUUUGUCUCAACUCGGAUAUAUAUAUAUAUACGUAUAAAAUGAGAAGGUUAUUCGUUUUUCAAACUAUAUAAGCCAUGGCUAAUGGAAAAUUUUCGGAUCAUCGUAAAAUUGUCUGAUUCUUUUCCGAUCUUUUUUUGUCAAAUCCAAAUAGAAUUUUAUUAAUCGAUGUUUCUACCUUCCUUUUUAUAUUAUAUUUUAUUUUAAUGUAUACAGGAAUAUCAGAGUGUGUUUCGCUUUCGAUUUUAUGGGCUUCCUAUCUCUUGAAUCGGUGCGUUAAGAGUAGGACAUAGUAGCUGUUGAUGCUUACAAAAUCAAUUGAUCAGUCGAAACUCCAAUUGUGUCGUACAUGAAAUCUAUCGAUCGAAUUAUAUUCCCUUUGCAACAUUCGAAACAUAUCGAAUCUUUCAAAAAGACCCUCACUUAAUUAUCCUCAAUUUCCCCCAAAUACCGAAUAAUCUCCUAAUAAAGCAAAAUUCAAUUUCACUUGGCCGAAGCAGCAUCCGUUCGCUCGAAAUUAAGAAAAGAAAAAUAACUUCCUCCUCUUUUCUUUAACUUUUUCAACAGUUAAUAGCUUCCCUCCUUUCAACUCUUUUCAACUUAGAAUACACCCAGCCCUUAUACGAAACAAUUCCUACCUACCUAUCUACCCACCUCCUCCAUUCCAAGUUAUUUUCCAGGCUGAAGCCGAAAAAAACGUAAAUUUUUCCCACGUGUUGGACCGAACGAUCGAGAUUUCCGCCGUGUCGAGGGAUCGGGGCAGCAAGAAACGCAUCUCGAUUCAGGCCUAGUGGAGAGUUCAUCGUGGGGAACGGGGUAUCGAUCGGGAGCAGCUUUGCGAGGAUGAGACGGCCGAGAGGAUUCGAGUCGGCGGGGUAUGAGUAAUACGUUCAGGCAUGUACUUCGUAUCCCCCUGCCUCGCAAUGCCCUCCCUCUCCCCCUCAUCGAGCGAGAUUUUUCUUGCACGCGCCGCGUGCACGCACGCACGCACGCACGCUCGCCGACCGCGCCACUUCUUUCCCUUCCCUUAUUUCGGCAUUAGUUCUUACGGGGCUGAGGCAGCAUAAGGACACCACCGAGACGACUAAUUGGAGUUCUUUUGCAGGCCGGGGGACGGGAUACGUGCAUCCAUUUCAAGUACAAUUAAAAUCGUUUGGGAAAUCGCCAGCUGGACGUCGUCGCGGCUCUUGGUAUAGGAGGAGAGGGGGCAGGAGGGAGAGCGACAGGGGUGAGAACGUGUUUCCAUCGAUGGGGAGGAUUGUGCUCCGAGGUUAGGUGUCGUGAAUCUUUUUUUGGGGAGGAGAUACGUAAAUUCGAUUGACGUGGCGAUGCGCGUGCACGAAUACGUGUACAGAUUUAUAAUAUAGAAGGAAAGAAAAAGGAGGGGGGAUAGGUCGAAUUCGAAUUCAGCUUGAAAUGAUAGAGGAGAAGUAGAUUAGAUUUGAUUCGCUAAAAAGGGAAUAAAGUUUCGUGUUCUACAUUUCUACAUUCUAAACAUGGAUCGAACCGAAUGUUUCUCUUUACUAAAAUUGAUCUUCCUCGAGGGACAACAAUAUACGUUUCUAAUAUUAAUAUAAUUCGAGUGCAGAUGUUCGUGCAUUUAUUCGAGCACGAGAUUUUGCGUGAACAAAUCUAGAAAAAAAUAUCCAAUUUUGAAGAACAGUUGAUAUCAAAUUUUUGUCCUCCAUAUUUGCCUCGUAUUUGCGUCAUUAUAAUUCUGCGUCAAACAGAAAAAGAAGAAUUGGAUCAAGUGAGAUCAAGAUACAGGGUGAAACGAAUACGCGUGGAAAAGAAGUCCAUUUUCUGCGUGUAAGUGCAACGAAAUAUAUAUAUAUAUUUAUACACGGAGGGGGCAGAUCCUGUCUUUAUAUCGCGUAAUCGGUCAGCAGCGCGAAUUUAUCUUUACGUCACCCGAUUUCCAUUGGUGAGUGAUUACGAUACAGUGGCAACUGGAGGGUAGGAUAUUGGGAAACGUUAUAUCUAAUUUUAGAGCGCGUUAUUGGCUCUAGAUAGAUGGCGAUAGAUCGUCACGGUCCGGCGAGCGUAAUAAGCAACGAUACAUACGUACGAGAGGAAAAAGUGGCUUUGGUCGAUGUUCUUUCGGGAAAAGUAGCGGAGGAUUUUAAUAUUUUUCCAACAUUUAAUCGAUAUGAUACGAGAUUGAAAUGCUCGUCGAACGAUUGUCAGAGAUGGAAA